AUGGAAAAGAACGAAUCAGAGGAUAGUGAACAUGAUAGGUAUGGGGUGGUGAUUGAUGCAGGGUCAUCAGGCUCUAGGAUUUAUGUAUACAAGUGGCAAGAUCCAGGAUACCUAUUGGAAGGAAACACUGAUGAUAAUGCUGCGAUUUUACGCUCAGUGCCUCACAUAUACUGCAACAAGAACUGGACUAAGAAGUUUACUCCUGGGCUAUCAAGUUUCCAAGAUAAACCAGAUAAAGCGUUCAAGGGACAUAUUAAGUCACUAUUGAAGUUUUCAGAGACGAUUAUUCCGAAGGAUAAAAUUAAGGAUACUCCUGUAUUUAUUCAAUCAACUGCAGGUAUGAGGUUGGUUCCCCAGCACAAGCGAGAUAAGAUUACUGAGCACCUUUGCCGUAAAAUCCGCCAUGAUACGGAGUUUUUAUUUCAUAACUGUGAGAUGCAAGUACAAACUAUUGAUGGUGAAACUGAAGGGCUAUACGGAUGGCUUGCUUUGAACUAUUUAAAGGGUUAUUUUAAUGUUUAUGAUACGUCCGUUGAAUUACAUGAUUCAUAUGGCUUCAUGGAUAUGGGUGGAGCUUCAACUCAAAUUGCAUUUAAGCCGAACAACGAACAGGAGUUGCAGGCUCAUUCUGAGGAUGUAUCUACAAUUAUAUUAAAAAGCGUGAAUGGCGAUGUUCAGACAUGGCAAGUUUUUGCUGGUACUUGGCUGAACUUUGGCACUAAUGAAACGCGGAAAAGAUAUUUAUCCCAAUUGGUCAACUUAGAUGAUCAUAUAUCAGCCUGCAAUGAUUGUGAAAAUUCUGUAAGUAAUGAAUUGACAGACCCUUGUUUGCCUAAAAAUGCUAAAACCACCUUUACUCUUGAUAACGUAACAUUUAAUGUUAUCGGAUCAGGAAACUACGAUCAGUGCAGCAGAUAUAUGUAUCCUCUCUUGGCUAAGAACAAACCAUGUAAGGAAGACUCGUGCUUAUUUAACGGUGUUCAUGCUCCAAAGAUUGAUUUUGAAAAGGAUAGGUUUUUGGGGGUGUCUGAAUAUUGGUAUACUACUAACGAUAUCUUUAAGCUGGGAGGCGAGUACAAUCAUGUGGAGUUUAGUAUGAAAGUCAAAGAAUUCUGUGAGAGCGAUUGGUCUGUUUUAAAAGAAAACAAUCAAAAAGGCCUUUAUAAUAACUUAGAUGAAGAUUUGCUGCGGGAUGCGUGUUUUAAAGCAAAUUGGGUUAUUAAUGUUCUACAUGAAGGGUUCGGUUUUCCACGCCUUGGAAUAGACAGUUCAAAAAACGUUGAUGAAGGAGCAAAUGUCCCAAAACAUAUCUCAUUCCUUAGCGCAGAUGAAAUAGAUGGUACAGAAAUUUCUUGGACAUUGGGCAAAAUUCUUUUGUAUGCAUCGGGGAUGGUUAAAGUAGGUACUAAGAAAAAGGUUGUAGGGCUGAUGCCAAGCUCCUAUAGAAAGAAACUAGGUGUGAAGUAUAUUUCAGGCUCUCUCUCAACGGGUUCCUUUGACUCUUCUGUACAAGGAUUCAUGCACUUUUCAUAUCAUGUCAUGCUGCUCUUGCUAGUAUGCUUCGUCAUUUACGUGGCUGUUGUAAAACUUCGUCUAUCCCAGAAUUUAAAUUUCUCAGGCAUCAGAAACAGUAUUCAUUAUCUCCAAAACAAAUUUAAAAAAAUUAAAUACAAUGAAAUUCCAUUUGUGGAUCCUUUAUGUGAACUAGAGGAAGGUAUUUUGUCUUCUAAUAGAUUUAAUGUUGAAAGAGACGGAUUUCAAUUCAGAAGUAGGAGCAUGUUGAAUCAAAGCUCCCAGAAAUCUGAAGAGGAAUUUUCAAUGCAAGAUAGACUUGCAUCAGGUGUUGUAUCCCCUGCAUUAUCUGAUGGCACAAUAAGAACUGCUUUUUCUAUGGCAGAUUUUUCCAAGUUUAAUCGUCCAUCAUCUAAAUUUUAA